GGGCCACACGUCCGUCCGCGGGUCGCCGGGGCUGCGCGCGCCAUGGAGCCGCGGUGCCCGCCGCCGUGCGGCUGCUGCGAGCGGGUGGUGCUCAACGUGGCCGGGAUGCGUUUCGAGACGCGGGCACGCACCCUGAGCCGCUUCCCGGACACGCUGCUAGGGGACCCGGCACGCCGCGGCCGCUUCUACGACGGCGCGCGCCGCGAGUACUUCUUUGACCGGCACCGGCCCAGCUUCGACGCCGUGCUCUACUAUUACCAGUCGGGCGGGCGGCUGCGGCGGCCGGCGCACGUGCCGCUCGACGUCUUCCUGGAGGAGGUGGCCUUUUACGGGCUGGGCACGGCGGCGCUGGCGCGCCUGCGUGAGGACGAGGGGUGCCCCAUGCCGCCAGAGCGCCCCCUGCCCCGCCGCGCCUUCGCGCGCCAGCUCUGGCUGCUCUUCGAGUUCCCCGAGAGUUCGCAGGCCGCGCGCGUGCUCGCCGUCGUGUCCGUGCUCGUCAUCCUCGUCUCCAUCGUCGUCUUCUGCCUCGAGACGCUGCCGGACUUCCGCGACGACCGCUACAACCCGGGGCUCGCUGCGGUAGCGGCUGCCGGCCCGUUGCCCGCUUGGCUGAAUGGCUCCAGCCCAGUGCCCGGACCCCUGUCUCGCAUGCCCUUCGAUGACCCGUUCUUUGUGGUGGAGACGUUGUGUAUCUGUUGGUUCUCCUUUGAGCUACUGGUGCGCCUGGUGGCCUGCCCGAGCAAGGCAGCCUUUUUCAAGAACGUGAUGAACCUCAUCGAUUUUGUGGCCAUCCUACCCUACUUUGUGGCGCUAGGCACCGAGCUAGCCAGGCAGCGGGGUGUAGGCCAGCCGGCCAUGUCCCUGGCGAUCCUACGAGUCAUCCGUCUAGUACGUGUCUUCCGAAUCUUCAAGUUGUCCCGGCACUCAAAGGGCCUGCAGAUCUUGGGCCAGACACUACGGGCCUCCAUGCGUGAGCUGGGUCUCCUCAUCUUCUUCCUCUUCAUCGGUGUGGUCCUCUUCUCCAGCGCAGUCUACUUCGCUGAGGUUGACCGGGAAGACUCCCAUUUCACCAGCAUCCCCGAGUCCUUUUGGUGGGCGGUGGUCACCAUGACCACAGUUGGCUAUGGAGACAUGGCACCCGUCACUGUGGGCGGCAAAAUAGUGGGCUCCCUGUGCGCCAUCGCUGGAGUGUUGACCAUUUCCCUUCCCGUGCCGGUCAUUGUCUCCAACUUCAGCUACUUUUACCACCGGGAGACAGACGGUGAAGAGGCUGGGAUGUACAGCCAUGUGGACACGCAGCCGUGUGGCCCACUGGACGGCAAGGUCAAUGGGGGGUUGAUGGAUGGAGAGAUGCCUGAGCUACCACCUCCACUCUGGGCCCCCCCUGGGAAACACUUGGUCACUGAAGUGUGA